GGUGGCGGCAGCAGCUCCUCGGGGCCCAGUGUCCUUGUGCGGAAAUGACACACGGUCCCGUCACGUCACGCGAGAGCGGAGCGCGCGGACCCUCUCGCUCACAAGAUACACGCGUGCACACUCACACACGCACACUCACACAAAGCGCCAAGGGGGAGGGAAAGCCGGGGGAGCCAGACUCGGCCGUUCUUUUUUUUUUUUCUUUGACAUUUAUUUAUUUUUUUUAAAAACACCCACAAACCCACCCGAGACCAAGAGACCAAGUGUCCCCACCCUCCUUUUUUCCACAGUGCCUAAGACAGAGCCAGAGAAACAGAAUAUGAAUUCAGCUGAAUUAUUUGAUGAUGAAGAUAAUACUGACGGUAUUAAAAAUAAUAUGAAAGGAGAAACUGAUAAAGAAGAUGAAGUGCUAGACUGCUCUGUGAUUUCAAGACCUGAAAAAAAUUCACUGGAUGGUUUAAUAACUUGCCUACAAGACAUCAACAAGCGAAAACGAAGCUCAUUUGGUUUGGAUGGUUCAGGGAACCACAAAGAAAUCCUGCCAAGUAUGAAAAAAAGAGGCAUUACACAAGAGGAUCAGACCUCAAACUUGAAAUGCCGAGAUGGAUUGCCUACUCAGGAAGAUGUUGAACAGCCAAGCAAGAACAAAAAUUCCAGUCUAACAUGGAUUUGUGAAGAAACUUUGAAUAACACAGUUAUGCCUUCAUAUAAGAAACCUCUUUAUGGGAUCUCUCACAAAAUUACAGAGAAGAAGACUUUGCCAGGAACAGAACAGUUUACUACCUUUGAGUUAUUUGAAAAGAUUAAUCCUAGCAGUCCCUCCAGUCUUAGGACUUUGAAUGAGCAGCGGAAAAGAGAAACAAGCAAUAUUACUGCCGAAUCUGAUUCAAAUAUCUAUUCUUUAAUACAAAAAAUGUUUUAUACACUGAAUACAUUAAAUUCUAACAUGACUCAACUGCAUAGCAAAGUCGAUCUGUUGUCACUAGAAGUCAGUAGAAUUAAGAAACAUGUCAGCCCAAUGGAUGCUGUUGCAGAAUUCAAGCCCCCUCCUGAGUAUCAACUCACUGCUUCAGAACUCAAACAGAUUAUGGAUCAAAGUACAUCAGGUGGUGAUCUGGCUUGCCGAUUACUUGUACAACUUUUUCCAGAACUCUUUAGUGAGGAUGAAUUAAGUAAAGCCUGUACCACAUGUGGUUAUCUUAACAAAAAGAAACUUGAAUCACUUCAUCUGCAGCUCAUCCGAAAUUAUGUGGAAGUCUGUUAUCCAUCUGUGAAAAAUCCUGCUGUUUGGCAAGCAGAAUGUUUGCCUCAGGUCAAUGACUUUUUCAAUAGUUUUUGGGCUCAGAGAGAUAUGGAGAAUAGUCAACCGGAUAUACAAUCCUCCAGUUUUUAUGAGUCUGAUCAUAUGAAUGAUAAAGAUGAUGAUGAAGUUCUACCUAUUGAUGGAAAUACUUCUGUUGCCUCAGAAUGGGUAUUUGAUGCUCAGGAUAUAAAUGAAUUUUUAGAUGAAGCAUCUUCUCCUGGAGAAUUUUGUGUAUUUUUGCUACACAGAUUGUUUCCAGAACUCUUUGAUCAUAGAAAAUUGGCUGAAAGAUACAGCUGUUAUGGGGAGUGUGGAAAACAAGAACUUGAUCCUCAGCGACUUCAGGUAAUCCGCAGAUACACAGAGAUUUACUUUCCUGCUAUGCAGGAGAGAAAGGCUUGGUUACAGCAUUGUGUUCAGCGAAUAAAUGAUGAACUUGAAAGCAUGUAUAUGGAUGACAGUGAGAAUGAACAGAUAAGAGAUGAUUGCUACGAUUCUUCAAGUUUGCCUGAUGAUGUGUCAGUUAUAAAAGUAGAAGAUAAUUUUGAAUAUGAAAGACCGGGUAGAAGAUCAAAAAAGAUUUGGCUUGUUCCCAUAGACUUUGAUAAACUUGAUAUUCCUUCCCCCGAUUUUGAUGUUCCUGUUUCAGAUUAUCUGUUAAGUAAGGAGCAGCUUAAGAAUAUAUAUGAAAGUAGCUUGUCAAUAGGUAAUUUUGCUUCUCGAUUGCUAGUUCACUUAUUUCCUGAACUGUUUACUCCUGAAAACUUAAGGAAACAAUACAAUUGCAGUGGCUCAUUAGGCAAAAAACAACUUGAUCCUGUUAGAAUUAAGUUGAUUCGACACUACGUGCAAAUGCUGUAUCCAAGAGCUAAGAAUGAUAGAGUAUGGACACUGGAAUUUGUUGGGAAACUGGAUGAAAGAUGUCGUCGAAGAGAUACUGAACAAAGACGUACAUACCAGUUGCAGCGAAAAGUCCAUGUACCGGGACCUGAAAGGAGAGAAUUCCUGACCUAUGCAAUAAACCCAGAACGAUUUAAAGAGGAAUUUGAAGGGCCACCAUUGCCUCCCGAAAGAAGCAACAAAGACUUUUGCAAGAUACCACUUGAGGAACUUAUUGUUCCUCCACCAGACUUUUCUGUGCCUUCUCUAUAUUUGCUGUCUGAUAAAGAGGUAAGAGAGAUAGUACAACAAAGUCUUUCAGUUGGUAACUUUGCUGCCAGACUCUUAGUAAGGCUUUUUCCAGAGCUUUUUACUUCAGAUAACCUCAGACUGCAAUACAACCAUUCAGGGGCUUGUAACAAGAAGCAGCUUGAUCCUAUCAGACUGAGACUCAUCCGCCAUUAUGUUGAAGCUGUUUAUCCUGUUGAAAAGAUGGAUGAAGUUUGGCAUUAUGAAUGUAUACCAAGCAUUGAUGAAAGAUGCAGACGUCCAAAUAGAAAAAAAUGUGACAUAUUGAAAAAAGCCAAGAAAGCAAAAAAGUGAUAUUUUAAGUUUCCAAAGAUGGUGACUUCAAUUAUUUUGAAGUAGCUUGAGAGGUCAAUGGUUUAGCACUAGGACAACUGAUCGAUAUAUUUUUUUUCUUUUAUAUGUGUUUACACAUGCAGGAAUGGGUAAGAAGUUGGAAGUUAUAAUCCAGUGAGAGUCUCUCUUAAAAGCCCUACUGAAACAAAUACAUAUGGUGGAAAAAUAUAUUUUAUAGCUCCGUUUUAGUAUGCCUUUAUGUAGCUUAGAUUGCUUGCUGUUUUUUCAGUUACCAUCUACCUAAACUGGAUCACAAGGAACCACAAAUUAUUAGAGUUGAUCUAAUAAUAUAUCGUAUAAAUAUAAUAUUCAUCAAUGGAAAUAGAUUAGAUUUUUAAUUUUUAAAUAGUAAUUAACUUCUUUAAGACAGUUCUCAAUAGGGACCUUUAUCAUUUGGAAAUUAAUAAUUUUUUAAAUAUUUCAAAUCUCCAAUUUUAAAAUGUUAUACCUCUUUAAAAAGAAUGGAAAAUCACAGUAGUUUCUAUGCUUGUGGAUACUUCUUAUAUCAAGUUUGAAUAUUAGGAAAGGAAAAAUUACAAAAUCAAGUUAUUACAUUUUAAAAAUAAUUUUUCAUUUUGUAGUUGGAGUAAAAAUUAAAAUCAUGGGUUAUUUAACGAGUGUUUAUGUUAAGAUUGUAGUAUUGAUUUCAUUUUUUAUUCAUAUAAAUUAUUUUAUUGUUUUCUGUAUAAUCUUGAUAAAAGAACUACUGGUAUGUGUGGAGAUUGUGAAAUAUAGAAUCCUACUCUGUACCGGUAAAAGUGGUGCUAUUACCUGUUAUACUCACUACUUCAAAAAAAUACUUGAAUUGAGGAAUGUGCAAAACACUUAAGUCCAUAUUAUUUUUAUCAGUUAAAUUACUGCAGCUUUUAAACUGUUGAAAAUAUUAAAUAUACUAUCUAUAUUUUUAUUUGAAUUAUAUACUAAGCUCUAUUGUAUGUUGAUUAGUAUCUUCAAAUACAGUGACACCCAAAUAAUUUCAUUAUCGCAGAAAUUAUAAAUUUUUCUUUAACCAUUUAGUUGAUCAAAAACAUUGAUUAUAUAGUUCCACUAAAUACAUGUUCAGUAAACAUUAAAACAUUUUGGGUUUUUUUCCUGAAGAGUAUUACAGUGUCACAACGUGUUACAUUGUGUUAUUUUUUCUUUUACUGCAAGUCAUGAAAUUAACAUAACACAAUAAAAUCAUAUUUCCAAAUUGA